UUUUCAGGUCCGAUUCCAAAGUGGUUAUCAAAGGCAGAGCGGAGUCCGGGGGAGUUCCUCCACAGAGAGCAGCAUGUCCUACAACUGCGUUCCUCUCAGAUCUGAUGUCUUGAUGUUUUUGCUGUUCGUCGCUUCGCCUGGAGAGUGUUUUUAAGCUCAUCAUGUUCCUGCGCGGCUCCAAGAAGCGCCGCUCGCACCGCCCGGUAGGUCCGCCUGUCCCGGCGGAGGAAGAGGACCCAGACCGAGGCCAGCCCUGCAUGCGCUGUGGAGACCAGUGCCCCGGCUUCCGCGUCCACGGCUGGAGGAAGAUCUGCGUGCACUGCAAGUGUGUGCGAGAGGAGCAUGCCGUGCGUUCAGUGCCGGGGCAGCUGGAAAAGAUGAUGACGAAGCUGGUCUCAGACUUCCAGAGACACUCCAUCUCCGAUGACGACUCUGGAUGCGCCUCCGAAGAGUAUGCCUGGGUCCCGCCGGGGCUCAAGCCCGAACAGGUAUACCAGUAUUUCAGCUGCUUACCGGAGGACAGGGUGCCGUACGUCAACAGUCCAGGGGAGCGCUACAGAAUCAAGCAGCUGCUGCAUCAGCUCCCGGCCCACGACAGUGAGCCCCAGUACUGCAACUCCCUGGACGAUGAGGAGAGGAAGGAGCUGCGUCAGUUCAGUCAGCAGAGAAAAAGAGAAAACCUGGGCCGAGGCGUUGUCAGACUUUUCCCUGUGACCAUGACCGGAGCCAUCUGCCAGCAGUGCGGCCGGCAGAUCUGCGGUGGAGAUAUCGCGGUGUUCGCCAGCCGGGCAGGACACGGCAGCUGCUGGCACCCGCAGUGUUUCCAGUGUGCGUCCUGCAGCGAGCUGCUGGUGGAUCUCAUCUACUUCUACCAGGACGCUCAGAUCUACUGCGGCCGCCACCACGCCGAGAGGCUGAAGCCGCGCUGCCAGGCCUGCGACGAGGUUAUUCUAGCCGAUGAAUGCACGGAGGCAGAAGGAAGAUACUGGCACAUGAAGCACUUCUGCUGCUUCGAGUGCGAGGCUGCGCUGGGCGGCCAGCGCUACAUCAUGAGGGAGAGUCGGCCGUACUGCUGCUCCUGCUACGAGUCCCUGUACGCCGAGUACUGCGAUACCUGCGGAGAACACAUAGGCAUUGACCAGGGCCAGAUGACUUUCGAGGGCCAACACUGGCACGCCGUGGAGUCGUGCUUCUGCUGCGCCCGGUGUCGCCUGCCCCUGCUGGGCCGGCCCUUCCUCCCGCGCAGGGGCCUCAUCUUCUGCUCCAGGGCCUGCUCUCUGGGGGAGGACCCCAAUAACUCCGACUCCUGCGACUCGGCGCUGCACAGUAAACCCUCCCAGCACGGCAGACGGGCCGGGGCGUCGCAGAGACACCACCCUCAGCUACAGUGCGGUUCUCCCCUGCAGUCACUAGAGGGCGUCAACCGCACUGUAACUCUCACCAAAGAGUGCACUCAUGCUGCAGUGGAGAACAGAGUGGUCCGCUGCACCGCUCCGGUUCAGAACGGAUUGGCCUCCCCCAGCAGUCACGCUCCCCAGCGAGGCUCCUACUCGCCGCUGCCACACAUUCACAGAGGAAACGGUUUGGGUCCGUCCUGGCCCAGCGACGUCCCCCGUUACAGUUUACUGCCAAGUGACUCUGGGGUCAAACCUGCAGACAGUGGUGUUCAGUUCCAGGGUGAGCUGAACGGUCCUGGACUGACUGGUUGUAAUUCAAGAGGAACCUCCACGGACACGGACUGUAUGAACUGGGUGGAGAAAACCAAUCAAGCUAUGCAAGUGUUUCCUCCUCAGAGGAUUUCUCAGGUUAGCCAAGUGAUUUCCUUCGAGCCGCCCCUCUCAUCAGGCGACGGCCCUGCCCUCCCACCCCCUCUGCCCAUGAAGUCCCGGGACCUGAUGCCCCCGGAUCUGCCCCCCCUGGCUCUCCCCCACCCAGAAGAUCGGCCCUCGGACUCUCCAGCCCCCAUGACCCGCAGCAGCACGGCCAGGGUCAGCUUCAGAGAACCCAUUAGCAGCAGCUUCUCCGUGGAGGACGAUGAGGAUGAGGAUGAAGAGGGGCUUCUGGGUGAGGGGGGGGAAGACCAGCAGGAGGAGGACGAGGAGGAGGAGGAAGAGGACGAGGGAGGUUUUGGAAGCAGGUUGCACCUGCAGAAAGGCAUCCCGCCCCAAAUAGAUCUGCUGGAUGGCUCUUCAUACCCACAUCGUAGUGUGAGGAGAGGAAGGAGUCGCUGCCGCGUCCCUUCAGAACCCAGUCCUCCCCUGGGCUCAGAGAGGCGCUGCCGGAGCUCGCGGGCCGACCGGCCCGACCGGCCCCGGCUGGACUCCCUGGACUGGAGAGGCGACGGCGACGGCUCCUCCUCGCUCACGCUGCAGCCGGGACAGUACAAACACGGGGACUCCUGCUCCACCUGCUCCUCGUCCUCAGACUCGGAGGAGGAGGGCUUCUUCCUGGGCCAGCGCAUCCCUCUGCCCCCACAGCUGCGGCAGCAGCCGGCCGACCCGCUGCAGCCCCGGGGGGACGAGGACGGCAGGGACAAGCAGAGGGAGGGCGGCCUGAGAGGCAGCAUAAGACGGAGGAGAGCUCUCAGCCAGAGUGCAAAGGACAAAGAUAAAAACUGUGCUAUCUCCUAACAAGACACCAUGUUACACUUUAUUAAUGUUGCACAAGAAGAACUAACAGCCACUAUUUCUCUCGUGUUUGGGGGUGGUAUGACGGUGGCGUAGACUUUUCCAGAGGUGAACCACACCCAUCCUCACUGAUGAGGGGAGUAAAGGAAACCUGGGCAUGUUAAUGGUGUCAGGGUUUGAGUAGAGAAGGAUGUGCUCUGAGAGUCAUGUGAGCAGGGAUGAGCGUGGAGCGGGUCCUGGGAGCCGCGGUGCAGUCGGAGCUGCUUGUUAUGCUGCAGUGAAGUAUUGCUGCUCUGUGAUAUAUCGAUUUACAUAAACACAGCAGGUUUAACAAAGACAGGCUUGUUCCUGUGGCUUCAGUGACCCAAUUACAGCACACUCAAGUGUGCAAAGCUGUUAAAGUGUCGCUAAUGCGGUAUGAAUUUUUGUUUUGAUCAGGACUCACGGCUGACCGAGCAUUUAUCAGGGACCGUUCCAGUCUCCGGAAAGUGUUUUUGUUCUGGAACAAGUGAGAGACGACAAGUUAUUAGACGACAACCACGGCCGAACUGUGUUCUCCAACUGAAAAGUGAUCCCACUCUUUCUUAUGUACAUCUGACAUAAAACGACUCCCUUCUAGUCUCACAGCAACGUUGUUCAAGAAGCUGUUUCACAUAUUUCCAGCUCUUGUUUCAUAGCAGUUAGUUUUGAUGACAGCUGAUAUGGUUUAACACUGCAGGUUGCAGAAUAUCAGGAUAUAUUUAAUGUACAGAAGGAGUCAGGCAGCAGUUGAGCCUCUUCCCGUCACUGUGUGACCCGGGUUUGUCCUGCACAGCUCGGUUAUCGUGCUGGACAGUUGGAGGCGAACAUCCUGCCACCUGCAGCCUUUUAUCAAACGCUCACCAUCACUGCUCCCUCCUCCUCCCUGCAACAUCUCUAACUAUUCUGAUGUCAAAAUACCAAGGGGUACACUUCUUCACCAACAAUAACACCUAAGUGCUCACUGACAAACAUUGUACAGUCUGUGACGUCUAAAUUACAAUAAAUUGAGUUUUUUUUUCUUUUUUCUUUUUGUCAUAUUUUGGAUUUGAAGCAGCUGGAAUAGUAUUUUACCUGAUAUGACAUCUUCUAUGUUCUUAAGUGCUAUCUUUUAGUGUCUCUAAUAGUUUUUAACACAAAAUAGCAAAAAAUAUUGGGGAUUUGUGUGAAUGUUGUGCUUUAGGUUUGCUGUACACUCAAAACACAAUACUGCAAAGCCUGUAGUCUAUAAUCACGUUACUUAAAGGUCUUUUUUUUUAUAUACGCAUGGCGUAGGUCACUAUUUUCUUUGGGGUAAAAAGAAAGAUAUGACACUCUUCUGUUUCUCUGAUUUGAUGUUGUGUAUAUUUAUAUGCAGCAUAUGAGUAAAUAUGUUCAAUAUAUCCGUCUAAAUGUGUGCCUUUUUCAUGCUUAAUAUUGUAAAAGCAGAGAUUUUCAGUAUGC